GAUCUCGGAGCCGCCGGCCCUGCAGCUGCGGAUCCAGCCGUCGGCGCCCCUACAGGUGCUUCUCCAGCCGCCGGCCCUGCAGAUGCUGCUCCAGCCACCGCCGCCCCUGCACUGUCUACUGCUGCCUCAUCCCCAGCAGCCGGCGCCCCUACAGCCGAUGGACCUUCUGUUCCAGCUGGUGAGGAUGUUGCUUCUUCAGCAUCUGCUCAAUCCCCGCGACGAAUUGCUGCAGUAAGGUAGUUCAUUGUCUCAUGUGUUCGUGAUAUGUUCUCUCAUGAUAUUUAGUUGCACAUUGCGCCUAAUCUUUAGACAAAUUGGUUGAUGAUUGUCAUGGUUGCGUCCGCAGGAUGGACCAGGCAUCAACAUGUGUGCUAGAAGUUAGGAUAUGUAGCAGUCGCCGUAACUUCAGCGGAGGUUUUUCCUUCAGUUGGAGCAUUGAUUUGCAUGCUAUCACUACUAUGAAGGGGUUUCUAGAUGCUAUUUCUGCACAGUACUCUUGGGUUGUGUGGUCUGAUGAUGAAACUAUCAUUGUAGAAUGGUUUGAUAGUAUUAGUGAGAAAUACAAACCUGUUGCAAAUGAUGAAGAGUUGAUGACAAUGUUUGAGUGUUUUAAGCAAGUUAGACAUGGCAAAGUAGCACUUAAAGUUUUAAAUGAACAUGAAAAAAGGGAUGAGUUAAAUGCUGAUAUGCCAUCUACUCCUUCACAUGCAACACCUUCUCUAGCACUGCCUAGUCAGCCAAGUAAUGUCAGUGAAGAAACUGAAGAACCUACGGAUACAUAUCUAGCGAAUCCACACGAGGAAUAUGAACAUGUAGGUGUUGAUGAGGAAGACCAGUACUCAAUUGGUAGUGCUUGCUCGGAUUCCGAUAGUAGUGAGGAUGAGCUUGAUAAUGUUGUAGUUGAUGUGGACGGUGUUGAGGACAGCAGUGAUGAUGAGGAGUGGAUUGUAGAAGAUGCUAUACCGGAUGAUGCUCCUCCGGAUGUAGCGCAUAACAUGGAAGACCCACCCAUGGCUGUGGGCACUAUAUACCCGAAUAUUGAAGUGUUUAGAUUGGCAAUUGCUCAAUACUCUAUUAAGCGUGAAUUUGAGUACAAAAUUGAAAAAUCUGAACCUACUCGAUUCAGAGCUAAAUGUGGACAAAAAGGAUGCAAAUGGAGAAUACAUGUCGGUACAAUUGAUGACGGUGUCACUAUGGAGGUGAAAAUCCAUGAUGAAGAACAUAAUUGUCACAGCACAAGAAAAAGUGAUAACCCAAAGGCUGCUUCGAAGUCUUGGAUAUGUUCCAAGGUAAUUGAUUGGGUAAAAGAAGAUCCUAGUGUGACAUCAAUGGAGCUACGAAGGAGGUUGCAUGACAAGUACAAGAUUUGGAUCCGUUAUGACAAAGUUUACCGUGGAAGAGAGCUAGCAUCGAUGAGGUUGUUUGGAAAUUGGGAUGAUUCAUUUGACAAGUUAUAUGCUUGGAAAGCUGAAGUUGAAAAGAGAUCUCCUGGAAGCAUAGUGGCCAUUGAUCACAUGGAGUACAAAGGGAAAAAAAGGUUUGUGAGGAUGUUUGUUACAUUCAAGCCUUUGUGUGAUGGGUUUUUGGCCGGUUGCCGACCAUACUUGGCAAUUGAUAGUACUCAUUUGACUGGGAAGUAUAGAGGUCAGCUAGCAAUUGCUUGUGCUGUUGAUGGGCACAAUUGGUUGUACCCUGUUGCUUAUGCAAUUAUUGACUCGGAAACAACAGAAAGUUGGGAUUGGUUCAUGGAGAAGCUUCAUCAAGCUAUUGGUUGUCCACCUGGACUUGCAAUCUGUUCGGAUGCAGGAAAAGGGAUUGAUAGUGCAAUUGAAGAGGUGUAUAAGUAUGCUGAACAUAGGGAAUGCAUGCGCCACUUGGUUGUCAACUUUAAGAAAAAAAUUCAUGGUAAAGUAUUUGAUGACCAUAUGUGGCCAGCAGCUUAUUCAUGGACUCCAGAAGCUUUCGAAGCCCACAUGGCAGCCAUACAUGAGAAAAAACCUAAAGCAAUAGAGUACUUGACAAGAUACCAUAGUAGGCUUUGGUCCAGGAGCAAAUUUUCCACUUCCUCAAAGGUGGAUUAUGUGACAAACAAUCUGGCCGAGUGCUUCAACAACUGGAUUAACAAGCACAAGGGCAUGAUGUUGUUUCAGUUGGUGGACAAAAUUAGAAGGAAUAUAUUAGUCAAGAUGGAGAAGAGGAGGAGGAUUGCCAAAAAAUUGGAAGGCCAUCGUAUACUACCUAGUGUCAUGAAGGAGUUGAAUGCAAAGAGUAGAGGGUUGGACAUAGAGUAUGAGAGGAUUGACCACAUGAAAGCAGAGGUGAGUGAGGGUGGUGAAGAUGGCAAGCGACAUGUUGUGGAUCUGGACAUGAGGACAUGCACAUGUAGAGAAUUCCAAGUAUCAGGGAAGCCUUGCAAGCAUGCCAUUUCCUUCAUCACCGGAAUUAGAGGGGUCACUAUAGAAGACUUUGUUGAUGAUUACUAUAGUGUUGCCAAGUUCGCAGCAGCAUAUACUCCUGUAAUGCCGGGGCUUACUGAUGCAUCUCAAUGGCCAAAGAAAACCCAUGAAUUCUUUUUGCACCCUCCAAUCCUUCGAAGGGCUCCUGGGAGGCCAAAAGUAGAGAGGCACAAGAGUGGUGCUGAGCAUAGCAAGAGCAAGAGAAGAAAAGGACAACAUCAGUGCCCAAUUUGCAAAGACUAUGGUCAUAGAUGGCAAGGUUGCAAAAAUGCUGAUCCAGAUGCAAAAGAAGCGUAUGCUGAUGUGGCAAAAGAAAGAAGGAAAAAAAGAAAUAAAUCCAAAGUUGCAGCAAGGAGUGGUGACGCUAAUAUUCAAGCAAUCGAAGGUACCCAACCAACGUUGCCUCUUCCAUGUUCAACUACCAACCCAAGUGAAGUAGAUGUGGUGAAGUCAACAUCAUCUAAGACUACAUCAUCUAAAUCUGUGAGGUCCAAAACCGGUUCGAACCAAAUUGAGAGCACCUCAAUGGAAAUUGCGUCAACAGCAAAGCGGCGCAAGGGCAAGUCGAAGGCAAAGGUGAUCCCAGCUGCAGCGGACAGCCCCGCAAUGGCCACUCGAAGCAAGAAAAGGCAACCAAACAGCCCUGCGAUGGCCACUCGUAGCAAGAAAAAACUGAAAGUGUGAACUUGUUUCUUUCUAUGACAUUUGUGGACUUGUUUUCUUGCACUGGACAUUGGUCUCUUUUGUGCAUUUCAAUUUCUUGUACUGGACAUUGGUCUCUUUCGUGCACUUCAGUUUCUUGUACUGGAAUAUGAGUACCAUGUCUAUUUCUCCUGUUUACUAUCCUCAUUAUGUGUUAUGAUGCAAAUAUAUUAUUGUCAUGUUUAUAACUGUUUGAUCCUGAAAUUACAAGCUAGGUGCUGCCAAUUUUUUUAUAGAGAAAUAUGUUAUCUUAAUAUUUGUUAUUCUCAUGCAAGCUAGCUCCAGCAAGGUGCUACCUUUUAUCCUUGUUAUGUGUUAUGAUGAAAAUACUAUAUUGUUCUCAUAAAUUGUUUGAUCUAUAAUUACAAGCAAGGUGUUGCCAAUUUAUUUUACAGAAAUAUGUAAUCACAAUAUGUUAUGAUAAUUUGAACAGAAGUGCUUCAACAUGGUUAAAAGGAACAAUAGGUAAGGUUGCUCAUUUGCCAUUGAGGGUAAAAUCGUCAUUUUGCUUACUUUAACAGAAGUGGCUAACACCAAGUAAACGGCUGAUGGCAAAUUAGCAACGAAACAAGCUUGUAAGCGGUACAAGAGCAACGCUAGUUUGUUCGAUGGCAAAUGAGCAAUGACCGAGCUUGUCAAUGGUAAAUAAGCAAUU